AGGAUUAUCUCAUGAUUGAAAUGAAUGAAACGCGAAAUGUAUAAAUUUCUGCCUUUUGCUUCCGUGAGAGAUUUUCUUACAAAUUCAGCUAACAUGGGCUUUACUUCAUUGACGGUUGUGAGUUUGUGUAUAUUGAUAUUGGUGUUUGGUGCGAAAGCAAGCACAACAACAGCAUUAACAGUGCUAUCGACCACUACUUUAAAACAGGAACUACAGUUUAAUGAAUCAUGCACAACAAUUGUUGGAAUCAAUCCUUGCAUCACUGUCAAUGCAACGUGCAGGGAAGAGGACAGCGGUUACAAAUGCCUAUGUAUAGAGACUGCUCCUUAUUUCUACAACGACGCUUGUAUCGUAGGCCUAGAUAUAAACGUUACAGACAUAAUAUGCUAUGUAAGUGAAAACCCAAACGAAGGACCAUCUCCUGACUUACUAAAGAUAGUUUGUUCUGCUUCUUCGAUCCCAAACGAUAUAUUCGAUGGCUACAUCGUGCGUAUAUAUAACAGUACAAGACAAUGGAGUUUCGUCAGAAAGGAAAACACUAUAUAUAUAUUAGACCCAGGAGAAAUUUACCACAUCGAAAUGUUUGCAACAAAAGACUCCAUCCCUAGCAUAGAAAGAAAAACUUUGUCAGGAGUUACAAGACCUGUUAGUAAGGCAAGCUGGACUUUACGUUUUAUUGGUGUCAGUUCGUUUUCAUUUCAAAACAAUGACACAACUGCCGAUCCAAAUAAAACAUAUAAUGUUGAAAUUAAAACAACGGAUGUUAGGUUUUCUCCCAAAUGUUUAUCAACAACCGAAAAUCAAGGAACUACCAGUUGUUCGAUACUUCGAAAUGAGUCCCAUCUUAAAAUAUUGGAACUCGAGUCAGGCAGUUCUUAUGAGAUAAAAAUAUUUAGUCAAAUUAAGUUCAAAGAGAAAUAUACCAGAAGCAAAGAUUUCCAACACUUUGUGAACUACACAGUUCCUGAGCUGCCAACUGAUAUUGAAAUUCCUCUUGGCAGUAUCACCCAUGACAGCUUCAUCGUUUCUUUCGAAAAUAAUGACAAAAAUAGAUUCACAUAUUGGAGUGUAGUUGUGAUCAACAGUGAAACUGGGGAAUGGGUAGCAGAAGACACUAGUACUUCUGACGUAAAAUCACAGCAGAUAACAACAAAUAUAACCUCUUCAACGUUUUACAUGGUUCAGGUCCAAACGCAUGUUCUACUGCAAUCCAGCGAUUUGUUCAACAAAUCUUUUUAUACAAGACCUCGGCGACCAAACAGUGGCGUUCUGGUGAAAGAAAAUGUGACCGAAAGUGAGAUAACAUUAUACAUAAAAGAAAAUGAAGAAGAGCGUUUUGAUCAUUAUUCUUUGAUCAUUACCAGUUCAGAUGAAGCCUUGUUUACACUCAGUGGCCCUUCAAAUGCUUCUUGUGAGCAAACUGGAAAUAACUGCACAUUCCAUAGAAGUGCCAAUUUCUCGACGGUAGUAACAGUAAAGAGACUUACUUCAGGGACGUUUUACCCAUUACAUCUUUUUUCAAGAUUCAAAGGAUUACCAAGCCUGGAAUCACAAAACUGCUCUUCCUACACAGCGCCUUCAAUGCCUUCCUUGCUUGACUUCCCGAAAGAAUAUAUAAAAGAGAACAGUUUCGAAGUUCACAUUACAGUGCCAAAUAAGAGAUUCUUCAAUUUGACUCCUGUAGGUCCAAGUGUGUUGUUGAAAUCUGUAAACGAAACUUCGAUUGAACUGGAUGUGACUGGAAACACUGAACUUACAAUUGACAAGUUCUGCAUAAAAUUGAAUUCAUCGAGUUGCUAUGAGAUAUAUACUGACACGCCUGGAUCCAUUACUGUUUCCAACUUACAAGCUGGUCAAAGUUAUUCCUUGAAAGUUUAUUCAGUUUUGAAUGAUAUUGAAAGUGUACGCUUUAAGGAAAUCAGGACAUAUACGAAGCCUAAUCCAGUAAAUGUGGAUAAAGUAAACACUAGUGUGGUAACUAAUUCAACUCUCACUGUUGUCUGGAGUAAACCGCCAGCAUAUACGAAUGGAUACGAAACACAGUGGAAUUGUGAAAGCCCAAAUAUUGGCACCGGUAUCGAUAAACAUCAGAUUGAAAAAGGCACGCAAUUAUCAUCGACUGCUGUAAAUCUUGAUCCAGGGACGUUUUGCAAUGUUACGAUAACGGCAUAUAUAAUAAAUUAUGAUAACGCUACUCUUCAAGCAACAAGUGUUUUCAAAGAGAUUUCUAGCAGCACACUGGAAGAAGCUCCGGGAAUCCCAGAGUCCAUAGAAAACACAGAUUUGACAUCAAGAACAAGCACAAUUGAGUUGCAAGAGCCCAAUAAAAGAAAUGGUAUUCUUCGAAGAUAUGAUAUUUGGGUCCUUAACAAUGAAACAUCGACAUGUGAACAAUUGAUGACGUACAAGUGUAAGGACUGUGACGAAUCUUCACCAAAUGCUUCAAAUUCGGUUCCAGACACGUGUAACAAAUCGCAUUCUGAAAUGUUCUCUAAGACAGACGCGUCUUUGUCUUGGAACAUCCAACAGCUUCACCCAUUCCGAGAAUACUCAGCGAAUGUUGUUGUUUACACGACUAAACCAGGAAGUGUUUCGACAAUUAUGUUUGAGACACGUGAAGACGUUCCCGGUAAGCCAGUGGACCUCAAUGCAAGCACGACCCACGACUCGUUCACUCUUCAAUGGAACCCUCCCGAGGAACGCAAUGGCAAAGUGAUAAAUUACACUGUUAAGGCUACUUACUAUGAACAAGUUUGCAGAGGUAUUGGUGAUCUGUAUGUCAAUAGUUAUGGUGUCGAAUUUGAUCCGGUAACAAAGUUCACUCAGAACGGGCUGCAUGCAUAUUGGCAAUACAAUCUUACAGUAGAAGCAACUAAUGCAAUUGCCACAGGAAAACCGUCUGAUUUAAUUUCAGUAAGGACAAAGGAGACAAACCCUGGAUCAGUGCAACAACUUAAUUACCAAGAUGUUUCUUCAAAAAGCGUUUGCGUGUCUUGGACAAAGCCUUGUUUUGCAAACGGAAUACUUACAGGAUAUUCAGUUACGAUAACAAAAUUGUUAUCAGAAGGACAAGAAGAAAGUUCGUAUACUAAAGCAUACACAAUUGAUGUAGCCAACGAGUCAACGUCCAUAUAUUCAUUGCUUCCAUACAGAAACUACAAGGUUGAAGUGUAUGCUUUGAAUAGCGCUGGUGAUGGCGAAUUAUCGAAUGUUUUGUUCCGGACGAAAAUUGACUAUCCAGAGAAACCAGUCAAAGUUUCCACAAAAAAUAAAACCUCGUCAUCUCUCCUUAUUGAAUGGGAAAAGGCAGACCAUUUUAAUGGUCCAACUAAGUAUAUAGUACAUAUAAAUGAUUCAGUUGAUGGUUCCAUCAGAAUUCAGUCGUGCACAACUAGUGUUGGUUAUUGGAUAGACACCCUGGCGACCGAAUGCAACGUGCCUGGUCUUGACGCUUACUGGGAAUACGAGAUCGUUGUUGACGCAGUUACGUUUGAGGAAGGUCAUGACGAAUUAAUAGAAAGCUCACAAAAGAAAACAUUUCGAACUGCCGAUGCCGUUCCUGGACGUGUAGCGCAAUUCGAUGUAACACCAGAAGAGAACGUGUUGGAGGAACGGAACUUUCAUAUUGACUUGAAAAAGCCUAUUGAUCGGGACUUAAACGGCGUCCUAAGAGGAUUUGUAAUUCACUAUCAAAAUGAAAAGAUUGGGGUACAUAUUGGUCCAAACACAACAAGCAAGACGGUAUACCACAAUGUAAUUGGUAGCUACAAUGUGUCGAUACAAGCUCGUACGAGUGUAGGGCCUGGUGCAGCUGUUCAUAAAGAGAUUACUGUGAACCCUGGAGCUCCGAUAAAAGUUGACGAAAGCAAGACACCACUGAUGUUAAAGGCGUCGGUGUCUGUUGACAAUGAUGAGAGCCAGAUAGCAAUAGCUCUUCCACUUGCUCAGUUUCUAUGCAAUAGCAGUAACGGACAACCAACUAUGUGGGGCAUUGUAGUUGCAGAAGCAGAUGAGGCAGCUGAAGAUUCCGCAUUUGCUGGUAAAAGAGACGACUUUCAAAAGAAGAUCGAUGACAUGUACAAGACCUGGUUUCAAGUAGACGGCUUAAAUAAUAUUCCUCCAUAUAUUGCCACAAAGCCAAAUUGGAGGCCGCCAUGCACAAACGGGAAUCGGCGUAAGCGUUUUGCAACAGAUGGUUCGAACAUAUUUGUCAUUGGACAUGAAGAAUGCUACGGUAUUUCUGUUUCAAAGGAUUAUUGCAACGGGCCUUUACCUGAUGGACGCUCUUUCAAAGUAAAAUCCUUUGUUUGCACAGACUACGGCUGCAGUGAAUCCGUAUACUCACAACCGAUAGAAACAGUAAAAACACUUGUUAGAGUUGCAGCGACUAAUAUGGCUGGGGCAAUUGUUGGAGGAGCGGUGUCAGUGGUUGUUGUGCUGGUCCUAGUUGUAUUAAUGAUCUUCUUUAUGAGAAAGAGACAGGCAACCUGUUUCUUAACGGGCACAGAAAGCAUAACACAUACUUCCAGUGACCGAUUCGUUGAAAUGGGGGCAAUACAAACAAAGGCACAACCUGGAGCUGUUUACUUACAAGGUCCAGUAAAACUGACUGAGUUUCCAGCCUUUGUAGAGAAAAUGCACAAUGACAAUGAUCUUAUCUUCGCAGAUGCUUACAAGACUAUUAAGGAACCGAGCCCUAAACACCCUUGUACAGUUGCCAAAUCUAAGAACUGUCGAGCGAAAAAUCGAUACACACACAGUUUUCCAUAUUACCACUCGCGAGUAAAACUUCGACCGUCAGACAAUGUUGGGGGAUCUGACUUUAUAAAUGCCAAUUACAUACCGGGCUACACAUCCCCACGCGAGUAUAUUGCCACCCAGGGUCCGAUACAGGCGACGUUUGACGACUUCUGGCGAAUGGUCUGGGAGCAAAAUGUGGACAUGAUUGUCAUGCUGACGAAGCUCGUUGAAAACGGAAGGAUCAAGUGUGACAAGUAUUGGCCGGAUGUGAACAAGCCGAAGUAUUACGGGGACCUGCUUGUCUCAGUGGCGUCAGAGUCCAAACUCUCCGAUUACAUACUCAGAAUCUUCGAAAUCAAAUUAAACGGGGAACGACGUUCUGUCCGUCAGUUCGCUUAUUUUAAGUGGCCAGAUAUGGGCUGCCCUGAGUUUCCGGAAAUGCUCCUGGAGUUGUUGGAGGCGGUGAAAGUUCACCAUAAGCGUCAACAUGACACAAGGGACAAGGGGCCAAUGGCUGUGCACUGCAGCGCUGGUGUAGGUCGGACGGGGACGUUUAUCGCGGUGGACCAUCUACUGCAACAUAUCCGUCACCAUGACGACGUAGACGUAUACAAACUCGUGCUUGAUAUGAAUAACCAUCGUUGCAACAUGGUCCAAACUGAGGACCAGUUCAUCUUUAUCCACGAGUGUCUGAAGGCAUGUAUAACCUCGGACAGAAAUUAUGAAGAGGUGGAAGAACAUAUGUACGAACAACUCACGAUUAUGGGGAGACAACAUUUACAAUGUUAGUUGACAUGAUGAAAAAAUUGGGCAACACGAAUGAUAGCAUCUUGGAAUUCUUACAUGUAUAAUACUACACUGUUCACUCUACGGUGACACGUCUGUUCAUAGUGGUUUUUCGUUCAUUUAUAAUGCAUCUUGUUUAACCAGAAUGUUAUGGAUCAAACAAUUUUCAGAAAUGUGUCAGGCAUUGUUAAUCGGUCUUUUACUUUUUCCAUUCCAUGACAAUCAUCUGAUAUAAACACAUUACAUGAUAUGAGUGGUCUGAACAUGUCUUUCGAACUAAUAACUCACUAUUGUGUUUAAUCGUUUGGCCAUAGAAGAUCCAUCGUUUUGAUGUUUUCUACUAAUA